UUGCGAGUGGCACAACCACUGGCAGCUUCCGAGGCUGUGCCCGGAAGACGCUCUCGAUCGUCACGUGACUGGGGCUGGUUUCCCGGCCGGAGCAAAAGCGCGCGCUCGCAUUGCUAGGCAACGGUGCGGCCUGGGCCUCGCCGAGUGGGCCGCCUCCAGUUAGCGAGGGGAAGAAAGGUCCAUCAUACGUCCGUGUCAUGGGUGCCACUCUGCCUGCCGUCGCCGAAGAACUGCUGAAAGCGAUAGAGAAAGCUUUUGGCGAGACGUCCCAUGUCCCCGACGAUCACCUCCUGGCGCUUAAAUUCAUCUUCGGUGCUUCCGCGGUCCCUGCCCUGGACCUGGUGGAUCGCCGGGCAGUCACACGGGUCGUGUCUCCCAGUGGGAGGAUGGUGUACCAGGUGGCGGGCAGCUCAGGUAAACGCUACACCUGCUAUGCUUCGUGCCACUUCUGCACCUGCCCGGCCUUCGUGUAUUCGGUCCUGCGGAAAGACGAGACCCUGGUGUGCAAACACCUCCUUGCCAUCUACCUGAGCCGAGCGGUUGGAGCCUGCCAGGAGCUGACGGUCCCAGAUGAGCAGCUGACCCGCCUCUUGCUACCGGAGAUGGAGGAGGGAAGAUGACAGCUGGCCCUGGAGAAAUGGAGAUCGUGGUGGACACUGUGCUGCACUGGCGAAGGCGUCCCAGGCGGCCUGGGCCAAGCCGGGUUCACGGCUGAUCAUUGUUCUUCCCUCCUCCUGAGGGUACGUCCCGUCCUCUCCAGAGGACAAUAGGAACUUGCUCUUCUACUCAGCUGGGAGUGUUCCUUGGCUGCCAUUCACGGAGGAAGCCGGCGUAGGUGUUGCCGUGUGCGGCCCGGAUUAAAACAGGCAGGUGUGAACCUUCCCUUGAGAGCAGCUA